CCACGGGCCGCGGUACCGGCAACCUCGAUACGCGAGGACUCCUUUGCUCGAUCGCAUUUUGUUUCCUCGACAUUCCGUUGCGUCACUUUAGUGUAUAGCCAUGUGCACGGGAGGUUAUUUCGAUCACGAAUAAUACGAGUUGACAGUAUGCGUUCGCCGGAUCUUCGAUCAUCGGGGAUCGUUCAAAAGAUUUUCGGAAAAAAUGAUAUCAAUUGAAGGAGGCGGAGGAGAGGUGCGGACGGACAUCGAGAAUAAUGUUUUGAACCCAUGGAAUAUUGUCAUUUCUCAAGAAAAUUUCUUGGCAAUUGGAGAAAAAUAGGAAACUUUUAAUUUCUAUUCGUCACGUGUCUCCGACGCUGUGUUCUUGUGGAUUUUCGCCUCGCUCACUCCCGACGAUCGAUGAAUCUGCCGAAAAUUUCUAUGUGGCCGCAUUGGAUCUUACGUUUUUGGAGUCGAGGGUAAUUGAUGCUUGACGGGAUGCUGGGAAAUUGGGGUCCCGCGCGUUGCUCCCUUGCUCGAAGAAGCUCAAACGUUGCUUACGCGAAAGCUCAAAAGAGUUUUAUCCCCGUGAGAAAAUCUCUAGACGCUCAAGCUCGUGGGAUCGUUUGAUCUUUUGCGAUUGGAACACCGGCACGUGUCGAACGCAAACAAACAAAAUAAAAGGGUUCCCUCGUUUGCUUAAUGCACUCGAAUUUCAUCGUAUUUUCCAUUAAUCGGACGACGCAGGGCCUCGUCUCCUGUCUCAACAGUGAAAAUAAAAUUUCCAUCAGUUUUUCACGUUUGACCAUUAAUAUUCGACGAGGCUGAAGGCUCUGCGUAAUGGCAUCGGACGAAAUAGCGUGUACACGUGCUGACGUCGCGAUGAGAAAUUCAUUGGCAUCACGAGAGAGAAUAUCUCCGUGGUAAUAAUACAGCGGGCUUUAUCUCUCCGCGUCUCUGAUAGUGCUGGACGCAUUGGUGCAACAAAUUAAUAGAAACGGCCUCGCCAAUUCGAUCGGAUUGACCGAUUUUCGCGUCGAGCUCAACCGUACAUAAUAUCCUCGUGCGUGAGCUCCCUACGCGUACGUACGAGUCCAUGUGAACUCAAACAUUCGCGUAAAUGCAAAUGCACGAGUGUUAAAACCCCUACGGAUGGAAACACGAGAAUAUCAAUGACGCAGAUCCCCGGAGGACUCUACACGGAGCUUUGAUCUUCCAACAAGCCUAUAAAAUUAUCCUCGAAUCAGAUUACAGAAAACCUCCGAUUGGCCCAUUCCAUAAGCAAAUCCGCGUACCAAACUCCACCGAAAAUCGAGCCGAAAAUCGUCUUCGCCUCAACUUCCUUUUCCCUAUGACCUCUAUGAAUCGUCGUCAGCAGAAAACACCUUGAACGUGUUAAAGCGAACCAUAAAUCACGAGCUAAUCGUUCGAGAGCCCCGCUCUAUGUCCGUGUGCAUGCCCACCAGUGCUUGCAUGUCUAUAUAGCGAGGGUUAUUUAAUAAAACAUAACAGAUUCGCGCGCGCGUAGAUGCAUGGCUCCUGGAAGCGAAAUGAGGUGUAGGAUAGUACGCGUGGCGCCAGUGAAUCAUAACUCCCCGAGGAGUCGCAUCCUAGUGCACAGCGUGUACGUAGGGCUCUAUAUAAAUAUCAUUUCUGACGUAUAGCGUACACAUAUACGUAUAUGGAACAGUGAAACGUGCGGGGACUUUGCGCCAGUGUCGCCGCGUCGCAGAAACAACUCUGAAGUGGAGAAGCCGCACGAGAUAUACACGCACGAGUGUUGGAUGCUGUGCAGAAGUAAUAUACAAAACGACUGAGAGAACGAGGGCGGAAAACAGGCCACGGGGAAAGAGAGAGAAAGUGCGGAGGAGAGAAUCAGAGAAGGAAUAUACCGCUGAGGUCGCCGAGGAACACGAGCAUUGUGAUGCGAAGACUCCGCUUAUCGGCGGAAGGGACUAGCUGCCAAGAGGACGUGGGAAGCACCAAUCAAGGCUUCAAGAGAAUCGGAAAGAUCUGACGAACGAUGGAUUUUACGUUGAGAUGCUGGGAACGCUGAAAAGGGGUUCGAAGUGACUUCGAGUGUCUCAUGACGAAACUUCCGCCUUCUCGUCCUCCAAUUAUCAAGCGAAGCAGAGACACGAUGUUGCGCGUUCUGGGAGUUAGGCUGCUGGCGAGGAUGCUCGUCCUCGUGUGUUCUCUCUCCUUGCUCUCUCUCCUGUUCCUCAGCCGGUGUGGUUUCAACAAUCUGGAUACGGAGCUCAUCGACACCGCAGGCCCGAUUACGGCAGCGAGUUUACUCGAGGCGAGCCAGCGGGAGGAAGAGACGCGGCUCGAGGUGGAGAGACUCACUGCUGAGAUCCGAACGUUAAAACUUCAGAUACUCCAACUGACAGGCGGUCCACCGGGACACAGCGAAACAGCGAGCAUAAUAAACUCCAGCGACGUUGGGGACUGUUUGGCAGCGAGACGUCAAAUCGACCUUGCAGAAAUCAGCCAAGGUCUCCCGUUGAACAACGAGUACGAGCUCAUCCCCUUCAGUCACUUCACAUUUUCGAGAUUAUACCCAGUGGACCUCGGCUUGGGCAAGAGAGUCGUUGAAAAACCGAUAGGUUUUAAGAGGAAGGACCUUCUCGAAGCAUUGACAAAGGCCAUCGAGAGCCUUAACAAGAAUGUAUCCUCGUUAUCCGGGCGCUACACCCUCGAGGACUUUCUCGAGGGUUUGUACAGAGUUGAGCCAACGACCGGUACUCAAUACGAGAUGUAUUUUCGAACGAAAAAUUUGAACAAAAGCUCGGCACAGCAGGUCUCGAGCAGUUCUGGUUUCACGAAAAUCACUAUGAUGAGGCCUUACGCACCGAUUCAUUACGUUUCGUUGCAACGCCAGCAACCGACCCGUGAGAAAGAAUUGAUCCACAUUAUUCUACCGCUGUCCGGUCGCACCGGCACCUUUCAAAGCUUCAUGGACAAAUUCGUGAAAAUCGGCCUGAAAAAUGAUCGAAGAGUCCAUCUAACGGUUGUUUACUUUGGCACCGAAGGCCUCUCCGAAGCAAGGGCCAUAAUGUCAAGAGUGCUCAUGACCAGAGGCACCGGCGGCACCAAUCAAAAUCUCCGUCUUCUCGCUCUCAACGAAACAUUCUCUCGGGGCAAAGGCCUCAGGGUUGGUGCUGAACGAGCCUGGGGUGGCGAGGGUGAUGUAUUGCUUUUCAUGUGCGACGUUGAUGUUGUCUUCAGUGCCAGGUUUCUCGAUCGGUGUCGAUGGAACACAGCCCCGGGUCGGAAGGUCUACUAUCCCAUUGUCUUUAGUCUCUACAAUCCUCAUGUUGUAUAUACGCUCCAGGGUCGUGAGGUGCCACCUGAAACGGAUCAGCUAGUGAUUUCCAGGGACACUGGGUUUUGGAGAGACUUUGGCUAUGGGAUGACGUGUCAAUACAGAUCCGAUUUCCUGAGAGUUCGUGGCUUCGACGAGGACAUCGUUGGCUGGGGCGGGGAGGAUGUGACCCUGUAUCGAAAGUAUGUUAGGAGCAAUAUCAAGGUGAUUCGGGCGACGGAUCCUGGAAUAUUUCACAUUUGGCAUCCGAAGGUGUGCUCGGGGGGACCGGGUCAGAGGUUAUCGACCGAGCAGUACAGAGCUUGCAUCCGAUCGCGAGCCCUCAACGAGGCCUCUCAGGCACAGUUGGGCUUCCUCGCCUUCCGCGAGGACAUCGCGAGUCAAGCAUUGACCUUGAAGAGCUCGAUGAACCAAAAGAAAAAGAAGAAAAUACCGACGAGGAAGGAGAAGGCGCGGGUGACGAAAGCCAAGACGAGGGUUCAGCCGUUGUCGUCGAGCAAGGAGAAGGCCGUUGUCAACAGAACCUCGAAGGACCACACCUGAUCAUAAGGCAGGUCCAACUCGACGAAAUUCAGUGUAAAUAACCUGUAAAAAUGAAAGUAAACCUAUGGGGAUGGCGAAUACACAAAUAAAACGAUUGUUCAUCGGAGUGCGCGAAUAAUUGACACACAGAAUUGAAAGGCUGAAGGAAUAAGUCAACGACGAAACAGUGCCAUCGCGGUAGGUAGUUGGAAAACGACUGAAAACCAGUUGAAAUCGACCAUGUUUGAUCGAGUGAUUUGAAACGAAAUACAAAGGGGAAGGGAAAAAACAAUUUUUUUGAGGAAUUGUUAAAGUGACGUUGUGAUCCUCUCCCUCCUGAAUCUGCAGAGGGGAGAUUAUUUAUUUGAUUUGUUAUAAGAUAAUGAAUACGGUUUAAAGACUCGUCGAUUGUUGUUUUUUUUUGUCUCUCACACGAAUCGUACGAGAUUUAGCAAAUUUAUCGGUAUUUAUACAUGCGCGACGAUACAAAAAUGCCAUUGUAACACACUCAAAAUUCGUACGCACACAUUUGGUAUUUCGUCAAUUAUAAAAUGAUCAAACGAAAAAUAUCGUCGAACUUCCGGUGCUCGAGAAUCGAGAUGGAGCACGCCCACUAUUGAGGGCGACGUCGAAAAUUGUUUUGUUUUGUUUUUCGAUCCCGAAUUCAUGUAAUUAAAACUUUUUCAGGAUUUCGAGAGCCGAGAACACUCUCAUCUGCCAAAACAGAAAAAUAACGUGUUAAAAAUCACUUCCAGAGCUCACCAUUCGAGCUCGCAAAUAAAAGAAAUGUUUCCUGUCUAAUCGAUCAA